AUGUCUGACAACGAAGAACAAGAACAGACCAUCGCGGAGGACUUGGUUGUCACCAAGUACAAAAUGGGAGGUGACAUCGCCAACCGUAAGUGUCCGAUCAGAGUGGCUUGAAAUGAGGUGACCUACUCUUGUCGGCCAUUCGUUUCGUACACACAACCCGCAGUGACAGUGUAGUCACCAGAACAGGUAGGCACGUACCAAUGGCCGUGUUCGACAGCAUCAAAACAGUGAAUGUAUCAUGGGUAAAUUGUGACUGACUGAUCUACAAAGAAUAAUGAGUCGUUAUUUAUGAUGCAAGGUAAUUUGUAGAUCAGCCAGUUGGCAGUCGCCUGUAGCACUGUCGGCUGUGUCAAACAAGGCCAAUCAAUGACUAAGGCACAGUCCAACAGCCAUGUGCUUUGACAUGCUAGUCGCAGUUUAGAAACGUGUGGAAUAGAAAUGUCUAGUAACUGUUAGUGCUAGCAAGCUGACUUCACGUGAACGUUAUUUUGUAAAAAACGUAGGCUAACUGUUAACGUUAUAUCAUCAACAGUCACAUCAGACAGCUAGCUAACGAGUUAGGAAGGACACUUGUAUCUUUGUAGUGACUGGGUGUAUUGAUACACCAUCCAAAGUGUAAUUAAUAACUGCACCAUGCUCAAAGGGAUAUUCAAUGUCUGCUUUUUGUAUUUUUACCCAUCUACCAGUAGGUGCUUUUCUUUGCGAGGCAUUGGAAAACCUCCCUGGUUUUUGUGGUUGAAUCUGUUUUUGAAAUUCACUGCUCGACUGAGGGACCUUACAGAUAAUUGAAUGUGUGGCGUACAGAGAUGACGUAGUCAUUCAAAAAUAAUGUUUAACACUAUUACACACAGUGAGUCCAUGCAACUUAUUAUGUGACUUGUUAAGCACAUUUUUUCUUCUGAACUUAUUGUGGCUUGCCAUAACAAAGGGGUAGAAUGCUUAUUGACUCAAAAAAUUUCAGCUCUUCAUUUUUAAUUAAUUUGUAAAAAUGUCUAAAAACAUAAUUCCACUUUGGCAUUAUGGGGUAUUGUGUGUAGGCCAGUGACACAAAAUCUCAAUUUAAAACAUUUUUAAAUUCAGCCUGUAACACAACAAAGUGUGGAAAAAGUCAAUGGGUAUGAAUACUUUCUGAAGGCACUGUAUGUUUGGCUGGUUUCCAGCUAUGGACUUCAGAGACUGGCCUCAGGCCCUGGGUAAUGACUCAUAACCCAAAAUUGAAACCAGUUAAAUGGCUGCUGAUUCAUCAUGACAUAAUACAACCAUAAUGGAUAGUCUUAUUCAAAGAGAAUGCAUAUGGUGUGAUUGAAUGUAAUGAUGACAUCUUUGGUGUCACUUCUACACUCUAAUCUUUUUCAUCUCAUAUUUGUCUGACACCUCUCCAGCUCCUAUUCCUCUGACCACCCUCUCUCCUGUAAUGCAGAGGCCCUGCGUGUGGUGAUUGAGGCGGCCAAGUCAGGGGUGUCUGUGGUCAGCCUGUGUGAGAAGGGAGAUGCCCACAUCAUGGCCGAGACUGGCAAGGUCUUCAGGAAGGAGAAAGACUUGAAGAAAGGUGAGGGGCCGGGGUGGAGAGGAGAAAUGCCUGGGUGAGAAGUGCAAGAGGGAUGGGGCUAUUUACUGUACUGAUAAGACUGUUUGCCCUGUCUCCCAUCGUUGUUUAUGUAGGGCAGGUGGUUCAAAGCCAUGGUUGCUCUCGUGAGUGGGACAGUAUGUUGUCAUACUGUCUCCAAAUUAGAAACACCACCUGAUCAGUUCAGCCUGUGGCAGCAGUCUGCAUGUGUCCAUGCCACACAUUCAAAAUGGGCCUGAACAUGGGAUGGGUCAUUGAAUAUGCCAGUGAGAUGACAGAACUAUGAAGAGUGAUAUGGGACAAAAAGAGGGACAUUAUUUGACAUCAGUCACGUCUCUCUCACAAACAAUACAGAUUAUUUUCAAUUAAAGAUUUGGUGGUUCUCUCUUCCCUCUUCCAGGCAUUGCCUUCCCCACCAGCGUCUCAGUCAAUAACUGUGUUUGCCACUUCUCUCCCCUGAAGAGUGACCCAGACUACACACUUAAAGAUGGGGACCUGGUCAAAAUGUAGGAACCUCCAUCUACAGUAACGUGGCCCCCCUCACUCUGUGUGUCUCCAGUCUCCCAAGUGUGUGUUGUCUUUCCCCUCUCUCGUCUGUCAUCUUGUGUGCUGUGUUCUCAUGCGUCUGAUGCUUGGCUGUUGGCUUGUAUUUUCUGUUAGAUCUCGUCUCCCUGUAUGUCUAUUUGCGCCUUAUGUCUAUCUGUCAUGUGGCUAAUGAUAAGUAAUUGGAUUGGAUUACAUGUCUUGUUCAUCUGGCAUUGGUGUUCAAUUGUCACUAUGGCCAUUGCAUAGUUGAACAAGCCUCUUCAUCUUAGUUGUUGGAUUGCAACUUUUGUCUUCAUCUCUCUGACCCUACCUUUCCUGUUUUCUGUCAAUAUAUAUAAGGAUGUCACUGUUUGGAAUAUUGUGGGUGUUAUGUGUUUAAGAGCCAACUAGAUGGUUAAAUGCCAGCUUGUGUUGUGGUACUGCAGGGCCGUGCUGUUCUUAGAAUCUGUUGAAAAGUAACCUUUUUCAUUACUAUAACAACAUCCUGUGUGUGUCCUUCCACCAUGACAAUGAAAUUGCUAGUGUUGCUGUCUUUGGGAUACACUGAGCCCCCUGCAGUAUUGUUAUAGGUGAACAUGAACAAAGCAAUAACAAAACGUACCCUGUGACCAUAUCCUCACUCAAUCACACACAUUCGAUUAAUUCAUAUUUGUCUGACCUUGUAUUUUUUGUAGACUUCUUUCCCAUAUGAUCUUUGGAAGCACAACAUGACUGACAUUUUGUCUCUACCUAAAUUGAAAUAAUCAUCUCAUCGAGUCCUUUUACACAAUUACAUACAGUGCUUUCAGAAAGUAUUCAUACUCCUUGACUUAUUCCACAGUUUGGUGUGUUACAGCCUGAAUUCAAAAUGGAUUAAAUAUAUUUCCUCACCCAUCUACACACAAUACCCCAUAAUGACAAAGUGAAAACAUGUUUUUAGAAAUGUUUCCAAAUGUAUUGAAAAUGAAAUACAGAAAUAUCUCAUUUAUGUAAGUAUUCCCACCCCUGAGUCAAUACUUUUUAGAAGCACCUAUUCAGGCUGUAACACAACAAAAUGUGGAAUAAGUCAAGGGUUAUGAAUACUUUCUGAAGGCACUGUAGAUAAUAGAUAUCAGACACUGGUUGGCAGAAAUAAUUCUGAAUGUCUGAUGCACUUCUGUUUUCCUCAUGACUCAUUCCAUCUCUCUUUUCUUCUUUUAUUUUCUGUCUCUGCCCCCUUUAUUUCUGCAGUGAUCUUGGAGUCCAUGUUGAUGGCUUCAUCUCGAAUGUAGCUCAUAGCUUUGUUGUGGGAGCUACUAAGGUAUGUACCUUGUAUGACCUUAUGACUUGGAGUUUUUGAUCCCUCAUCGCAACAGGCUUAAAGUUCCCACAUCUUCUCACCCCACCUCUGCCCUGUACAUGUAGGAGGCUCCAGUGACAGGGAAGAAAGCUGAUGUGAUCAAUGCAGCUCACAUGUGUGCGGAGGCAGCCCUACGCCUUGUCAAGCCUGGCAACCAGAACUCAAAGGUGACGGAGGCAUGGAACAAGAUUGCUCAGUCAUUCAAAUGCACGGCCAUUGAGGGUGAGUGCCUUCACUAGUUAAGUUGACUCUGAUUCAUGGGUCUAAGAUAGUGAAUCAACAGUUUUAUCUGACCUUUAACGUCUGAAAUGUAGGGAGAAAACGUUGCAAUGUUUUUUUGUACCUUUCUGUUUAAGGUAUGUUAUCUCAUCAGCUGAAGCAGCACAUCAUCGAUGGAGAGAAAACCAUCAUUCAGAACCCCACAGACCAGCAAAGGUACAUUGUCCAAGCACUUGAACACGUGUAGAGAAUAGUGCUUUGACGAAGUGCAAUACCACAAAGGCAGACAGGAGGACACUAAGACUGAAUGAUAACUGAAAGCUUUGAGUUAUGUGAGUUGCUCUGAUUGGCUACUGUUGGUGACCGUCGGCAGGAAGGACCAUGAGAAGGCGGAGUUCGAGGUGCACGAGGUCUACGCUGUGGAUGUGUUGGUUAGCACUGGUGAAGGGAAGGUAAGAGAGAGGGAGAUUUUUUUUUUUUUUUCUGCCCCCAUGAACUGUCCUAAGAAGCCGCAUACUAAUCUUUUUCCUUUACAUUUGUUACCUGGCUAAAUGUGACUGUCCAAUAUAGAUGUUUCUAUGCUCCUAUCCCCUGCCCAGGCCAGGGAUGGAGGCCAGAGGACCACAAUAUACAAGAGGGACCCCAGUAAGCAGUACGGGCUGAAGAUGAAGACCUCCCGCAUGUUCUUCAGUGAGGUGGAGCGACGCUUCGACGCCAUGCCCUUCACUCUCAGGUAGGAUACCAAAUGGAAGCACAUUAGAAGUGUCAGAGAGAUGUCAUAACCAACCCCAUAUCAAGACCAUACUCUUACCAUAACAGACUUAUCAUCUCUGAUGCUGUGAGUCAGGUGCUUUGAAUGUCCGUUGGAGAUCUCCUCAGCUAACGGGUCUGUCCUGUUCCUCUCCUCUCAGGGCGUUUGAGGAUGAGGCCAAAGCCCGCCUGGGCGUGGUGGAGUGUGCCAAACACGAGCUGCUACAGCCUUUCAGUGUGCUCAACGAGAAGGAGGGUGAGUCUCUGCAUCUGUCUUUUCCUAUCCUCUGUGCUCUUUCUUUCUGUUUCGAGUUACCUGUCUCAUUAUCUCAGUCUCUCUCAGGAGAGUUUGUGGCCCAGUUUAAGUUCACCGUGCUGCUGAUGGCCAACGGCCCCCAUAGAAUCACCAGCGGACCCUUUCAGCCAGAGCUCUACAAGUCAGAGCACGAGGUGCAGGACGCAGAGCUGAGGGUAAGUAAGGCUCCCAGCCCACAGCCCCAGGCAACCUGAAAGGCUUUUCACCGCUCAUAUUACAUGAAUAACUAUUAAUGAACAGGGGUUUGCACCUCAGAGCCUAAACUAAGUAACUGCAUAAGGGAACGGUGAGAUGGCAUCUGAGGUUUUGACCAGUCUAUUUCCACACUUGCCAGCUCUGUUGUGGCUGUCUUCCAUGGAAGAAAUCUCUUGAUUGACAACAAACAAUCCAUCUCUCUCCCCCAGACUCUACUACAGAGCUCAGCCAGUCGCAAAACACAGAAGAAGAAGAAAAAGAAGGUAUUUGAUAUGAAAAACGAAUUAAGUCGAUACAGUCUGUUCGCUCUCUUCAUUCUUAUCGGUGCCCUCCUUCCUCUCUCCUAGGCCUCCAAGACUGUGGAAACCGCUACUGGACAGCCAACUGAGGAGAGCAACAAGGCGGCAGUGUAGAUGGCUACCUGUAUUCUGACACAUGCAUACACACACACCCCCCAAAGAAUUGAAACUUCACAAGUGAAUCUAAAUCUUCCCCAACUGUUAGCUCUUUUUGACCCUCAUGCCCUUUUCUAGCAUUUGGCCCAUUUAAUACAUCUGAUAGAUCUCAAGUCUGUUGAAAAUACAAUUUUGUGUUCCACAUCAUUCAGUUGAUUCUGAAUAAGGGUCACACCCAUGAAACAAAUUGUUGUAAACAACAUUAUUUGCCAUUGAUACUUAACUGAAAUAUGAGUUUGGGGAAACACAGUUUUGGAAUAUGAUCGAUCAAUAACCUUUUGUAGCGUUGUGUUUGUACACCUUAUCAUUAGGUGAUGUAGCUACCUGACUUCAGAAAUGUUGCCAUCUAUAGGUGAAGUUUUAUAAAGUUUCUAAAUUAAAAAUGUAAUUAAAGCAAGUUUUGUUUUAAUUAUUUUAAACUGGAUGAUAUUUGUUGUGAAAUAAUGUUGGGGUGCCAGUCACACUUCGUAAUAAUUCCAAACCCUGAUAAGCUGACUUGGUACUUUCAUUGUACAUGAAGGAGACCGAGUUAGCCACUCAAAUAUUUUGGCCUGGAAUCAUAUUUGGUUAAAGUGUUACAAUUAUUCAAACACGACAGAAUUGAACGGUUAGAGCACAGAAUUUAGAGAACAGUAUUCUCGCACCAACACCUGAAUGGUUGGUUAUGGGAACGAACCCUGCUACACUUACUGCCACCCCCCUCUUUCCUGGUAGGGGAUUUUUUUAGGGAAUGGUGCACUGUUUUCAUUCAAACAAUUUUAGUAAUUGUUUUUUUUCAACGAUACCUACUUUUUAUCAACCAUCUACCAACAUAUGAAACUUUUUAGUGGAGCUUUUAAACAGUCUUCAUUCAGGACUGCUUGAAAUCAUAUUUUAUGCAAACCCAUUAUUCUGCUAAGUAAGAUCUGUAAUCUGGCAAAAAAGCUAAAUUGAUAAAUUGUAGUAGAAUAAUUUUAGUGACAGGAAAUUAGGUAAUUAGUUAGCCUACUUUUAUAUGAAAACUUUGCCCACAUUUUUGAUGUAAUUGCAUAUAAUAUUUUUUUUUUUUAUAACUUCCUAAUUUGGUCAGCUCAGACAUGCACAAAGAGUUCAUGUAAGUCAACAUACAUAUCCCCUGUGUUUUUGUUUGUUUUAUUUUCAGCAAAUGAAGAAAACAUUCAAUAAACUUUAUAAUACCAGA